CCCAUGAACGCCUAUGUUAUGAAAUAAGUUUACGUAAUUAUGUAAUAUGGAGGAAUUGUGUGAUGCCUUUACCCAUUAUAGAGGCACAUAGGCAAACUCCCACAGUGGCAGUGCGUCUGUCAUGAGUGUCAUCUUCCCCCUCACCAACGCAAUCCGUGCCGCUCCACUCUUCCCAGCACUGUAAGUGCUUUUUCCUCUAAAUAUCUGCCUAUUUAUAAGAAAUGGGAAGUUGAUGGAUCACCUAAUAGUCUACCUACUUAAUUAGUGUUCGAUAUUUUUGGUUUUAAAUUACAAUUCCAUUGAGAUCGAAGGCUUUGGUGGUUAUGGACUCUUGAGAAGCCUUCAAAGACUAAAGCUUUAAGGUUUUGGUGCUAUCUUUUAACUCUGGGUCCUUGCAAUGGCGCGAGUGGAGAUGGCCCAUGCGGUGGAUUUAGAAUGCGGUGGCCACGGUGGCGGCGACACCAGUGAUGGGGAGGAAGAGGGGAGCGUUUAUUUCUCCGAUGCCGACGAGGGGUCUUGCCAUUCCCAGUUAUAUUCCACGGCUGAUGGGUCUGAGCUUGAGAUAGAGGAGGCGUUGGAGUCCCGGAGAGCCUCGUCUGAUUGCUCGGUGGAUUUGGAGAGUGGGGUUGGUGAAACCAAGCCGCAUUUGGGGAAAUUAGAUAGAGAUUGUAGGAUUUGCCACUUGAGUUUGCAGAGCCCUGGCCCUCAGUCUGGGGUCGCCAUUGAAUUGGGGUGUUCUUGUAAAGAUGAUUUGGCAGCUGCUCAUAAGCAUUGUGCUGAGACUUGGUUCAAAAUCAAAGGAAAUAAGGUGUGUGAGAUUUGCAAUUCAAUAGUACGCAAUCUGGUUGGUCCAAACGAUGUAGAGCCAUUGCAGCCAAGAAUUGAGACUAACGAUUUGGCAACGAAUGGUGUGUCAGCAGUAGCAACAUCCUCGGCUCCUGAGACUCGGAAUUGCCUAAAUGGACACUGGUUCCUGAAUUUCCUCUUGGCCUGUAUGGUAUUUGCCUUUGUCAUCUCCUGGCUCUUCCACUUUAACAUUCCAUCUUAGGUAGGCAGAAAUGCAGUAAAAGCCUGUGAAACCUUAAAAGAUUUGUUUUUUCCUAUAUAGAUUAGGAUAAGAAUGUCUUGCAACUAACAUAUAAACAUGGGAAGAUAUAGUGUUAAUAUUGUCUUGCAAUGUUCUUUUGCCCCUCAUUUAAGAAUUUAGAUUUAUCCCAUCACUGCUGAGUGUAUCUGGCUUGCCAUGUUGUAAAUUCACGACUAUGUCACUUAACUAUAAGGUCCUUAACAAGGUUUAGUGCUUUUGACUGGUCACUUUGAUUUUUUUUUUUAUUAUUAUUAUAUUGUCAUUAAUGGAAAACUGUUUAUUAUAA